UCUUUCUUCAAUCAAUAUUUAACCAUGUCCUUACUUCAUUACAUUACUUACAAGCUUGUUAUAAUCAGAGAUCGAAGAAUUGGCGUAAUUUAUUACGUCAUCGCGAUUGCAGUUAUCCUCUACUCUUUAGCUGAAAUAUUUGUCAAGAAAGGGUAUUUAGAGUUUGAUACAGCACCUGACGCAACUAUAAGAUUUCUCCUAUCAGAUCCCAAGGAAGAUAACGGAGUUGAUCAUGAUAAAUCAGCUCAGGUUGCAAACUUGAGCUACUGCUGUUACAAUGAAACUGCUUCAGAGUAUUGUACACAAUGCCAGGUAAUGGACGCAAGGGAGUUAUCUUGGCCUGUGGAGUCUCGCACAAUUAGUUUGACAACAUUUUCCAAGGAUCGCUGGCAGACCAAAAACAUGUCAUCUGGCAAAUUUGGGAAAUUCGAAACCAUCAGAGAAAACCUAUACUUCACAGUUCAACCAGAGAAGAUGAUGAUAAAAAUUGAACAUGCAGUACUGGCUACAAAGUUUUUAACAGGUAAAUUAGGAGGAAAAGACCUGGCAGCAUCACAAAGAAACAUGAAAGGAUAUCUGUAUGGCCAUAAUGGAACACUUAUAAAAAGUCUUUCAUCCAACAAAGAGGAUCGGAUGAGAGGAAAGGCAGAUAAGCUUACCGUUCAAGAAAUCCUCCAAGCAGCUGGAGUUACAAGCCUGGAUGAAACCUCAGAUGCCCUCAAUUCUAAAGGGAAGCCAUUCCGAAGACAUGGAAUUGUCCUGCAUAUGGCCAUCAAUUAUCAAAAUGCCGAGUCGACUUGGCUUGGAACAGGAGAUAUAGAAUAUUCAUACCAAGUGAGAAGAAUCCCAUAUGCUGAUUACCGAGUGAAUGAAGUGAUACCAGUCAUAGAUGCCACAGAUUUUACAAACCCAAGUCUAGAACAUCAUCAAGAAAAUCGACUCUUUAGAAAACGUUAUGGAAUCAAAAUAGAAUUCCACCAAAGUGGUGUACUGGGUCAUUUCUCUUUCUCAGCACUGUUAGGUCACCUUGCAUCUGCAGUAAGUCUUCUAACCCUGACAGCCACCAUUGUAGAUAUUCUUAUAUUGUACAUCCUGCCCAAUAAAUCAGAAUACCGCAGCUUGGUAUACAAACGUUUUCCAUCUGUAGAACAGUACGAAGAAAAGGAAAAGAAUGAAUAACAAAUGUCCACCUGUUUUACCAUUAUUGAAGGCCUUUAUAGAGCAAUUUAAAUCAAAUUUCUUAGUAACAGAAGAAUGUUUAAAAUUAUAG